AUGGCAAACCUCCUCUCAACUAGCGUUAUUAUUGCAAAUAGAGAAAUUCCUCAAAAGUAUGUGCUUCCGCCGGAUAAAAGAACGGGUCAUGUAGGUAAAAUUGAAAUUCCAAUAAUUGAUCUAAAUGAUGAAAAGAAUUCAAUCCAACACAUUAUGAAAGCAAGCCAAGAUUUGGGAUUAUUUCAGGUGAUAAACCAUGGAAUUUCUAACGAGUUAAUGAAUGAUGCAAUGAACGUGUUCAAGGAAGUAUUUGACUUACCUCCAGAGGAAAGAUCGAAAAUAAACAUGAAAGAGGAUUUAAAAAAUAUUUGCAGAAUUUAUUCAAGCAGCUAUAACUAUGAUACCGAGGAGUUUCACUUUUGGAGGGAUAUUUUGAGGCAUAUUUGCAGCCCUUUGGAGGAAUGCAUCAAAUUUUGGCCUCAAAAUCCCAAAAAUUAUAGGGAGAUAGUUGGAGCAUAUGUUGUUGCCUUGAAGGGCAUGGGAAUGAAGAUCUUAGAGAAUAUAUCCCAAGGACUUGGGUUAGAAAAAAAUUAUUUUGCAAAUGAACUAACUGAAGACAACAUUUUAACUAUAAAUCACUACCCGAUAUGCCCUGAUCCAAGCUUGACCAUAGGGCUACCCAAGCACAAAGACCCGACCCUUAUAAAUAUAGUUCAAGCACCCGCCGAUGUUCCGGGGCUCCAACUCUUUAAGGAUGGACAAUGGUUUAGUUUUGAGACAGCUCCUAAUGCAUUUCUGGUCUUUGUGGGCAAUCAACUUGAGGUUGUUAGUAAUGGGAAGAUGAAAGGGGUGGUGCAUCGAGUCGUGACAAACUCAAACAAUGCGCGAACAACUGCAGUGUUCUUCGUUAGUCCAUCGAUGGAGUGCAUUGUUAAGCCGGCUAAAGCUCUUUCUGAAGCAGGAGAUUGUGGUCCACUUUAUAAAGCAUUUCGAUACAAGGACUAUUUUAACAUCCACACUGGCCAUGAUGGGGAUAGAGAUGCUAUACUUGAAACUUAUAAUUUUAAGAUCUAA